UCAAACGAGCAAGUCAAUGAUUGUAGAUGCAGAUUUUAGUCUAUGUACACAUGUCAUUUGCUCCGACACAUACAUGCAAUCAACGAAAGAUUCUGAAUGGACGGAAGAUCAACAAAAACAAUACGAAGAGUGUGUAAAUCUACGUACAACCCAUCCACAUUUAAAAGUUUUGUACAGCGUUAAAUAUUCUCCAAACGAGUACUACGAAAUGGCGGGUGAUUUGAAGAAGCGACGUGCAUUUAUUACAAGAGUAUUUAACAUAGUUUCUGGCAAUAAUUUUGAUGGAUUGAAUUUGAUUUGGCAGCACUCCAGUGAAAGCUAUCCGAUGGAUGCGAAUAUGUUGCUUGAUGAAAAUAUUCCGUCGUUGGUAAAGGAACUGAAGCAUACAUUUAAAUUGAACGACCUAAUGUUUUUCGGUACAUUUGCCAAGCGAAUCGUGGCAGUACUUCCGAAAAAUAUGUUGACCGGCACAACUGAAUGGCGUGGAGAUGUUCAACUUUUAAAAGUGUACGAUAUGGUGUCCAUUUCAAAUGACGUCGACUAUGUGGUAAUUGAGUCAUUUCAUACGGAUGAAAUUGAACAUUUGAUCAAACUGGAUGUACCGUCCGAUAAAUUAAUACUAAAAAUACCACUUUUGCGAUCCCAAAUUGUGAAUGAAACCGAGACACUCAUUCCAAUUAAAACGGAAUAUAUAGAGAGCACCAUAAAAUCUGCCACGGGGCUCUGUUUUCCGCAAAUUGGUGGUGCUUUAGUUGAUGUUUUAUUUGGAAAUUCCAAUGAAACCGAACUGCAGACAAUAACCAGAACAUUAGAUUACCGUAGACAUCCUUACGCUGUAAAUUGGAUUUUUAUGAGCUUCUAUGAUAUCAAAAAAGAUCAUAUUGAAACAAAUAAAAAGAACACAUUAGAGGUGUCAGAAUUAGGCGAAGAAAAAAAGAGCAUCAUAGGAAACGUGUACAAAUACAUAGCCUAAUGGGAUUAUGGAUAGGAUUUUUUUCCGGCAUUUUUAUACUACUUCUAUGAUGAAAUUUAAGAUUGCCGUAUUUUGAGAGUUCAUUCAUAGACACUUUUAUUCAUACUGCAUCACUUCAUAAUCGAAAAUACAACAAUUGUGCAUUUUAAUUUGUAUUUUCAUUAACAACCACACUAAUUGCCAAAUGUAUUUUGAAUUAAUAAAAUAAAUAUAUAAAAAAAUAUAAAAUACGCCUGAUUUGAAUCAUAAUUUUCCGUUAAAAAACAGGAGUUUCAUCGAAACUAAAGAAGAAAAAAAAGUUUCUUUCGUCUUAAAAAAGAAACAAAAAAAUGAAGAAAUGCAAAUCAAAUUUAACAAAUCGUCAUGAAAAAAUGUCACAUUUUAUUCCAUUCUGUUCCACCUUAACAAAAUAAUUGGCUUAUUCUAAUUUUAGUUGCAAAUUACAAAACUAUAAAUGCAUCAUUCAGUGUGCAUUAAGUGCAGUGAGGUGUAGAAUGACUGUCCCGAUCGAAUCGAAAAAAAAUAAA